AUGAAUGUCCCCACUUUCCUCCUUCUUGUUUCGCCGUUUUUGGUCGCUCUGAUCAUCUGUAAGAGCUGCGACCACGACUGCAACUCUUGCGAUUAUUCCUCGAUCACUCCGACGCCGACAGAAGUCGAUUCCGAACUGCCCUACUAUGUCGAGUAAUUCCGAAGAUCCAUGAACGUCUCUAAAAAAGUUUGGCGGGUUUUUCCAGAAACGACAGUAUCAACGGAUGUUUGCGAACGUUUGCGGCUUGUUUCCGGGACGAUUCCGCUUGUCUCUCGAUCACUUUAAAGGUGGUGUCCAACGUGACAUACAACAUAUUUUUAAAAUAAACUUCGAAGUGGGGCAUUCACUUUCCCGAUGUCCCGAAUUACAAAAAAAUUCCCCGAUUUUUAAGAUUUUUUUCAAAAAAGUUAAUGGUACCGAGAGAAGUACACGGCGAAAUGGAAGAGCCGGCCUAGAUUUUUUUCAAGUCCCCGGAUGAAAUUCCCUUUUUCUUCCGAAUUUUUUUCCGUUUUCAUGCAAUUUUUCUUAAAUUUUUCAAUCGUUUUUUUCCACUGAACACACUUAUUUGCAAUAUUUUUUUAAAAAAAUUUAUAAUUUUAUCUGUGCCGUGACGCCAAAAAUCGAUAAUCUGAAACUUUUUUUGUUGUUUUUUUCCGGGUUUUUCGCUCAAUCUUCGGUUUGCGCGCUGAAAAAAAUAAAUAGAGUUUUUACAAAAAAAGUGGCUGAAUUUCUGAAUUUUUGCUGAAUUUUGAAAGUUUCAGAUUAUCGAUUUUUUUGGCGUCACGGCACAGAAAAAAAUCAUAAAUUUUUUUAAAUAUUGCAAAUAUGUGUGCUCAGUGAAAAAACAAUUGAAAAUUUAAGAAAAUUGCACGAAAACAGAAAAAAAUCGAAAAAAGGGGAAUUCCAUCCGGGGACUAGAAAAAUCUAGGCCGGCUCUUCCAUUUCGCCGUGUACUUCUCUCGGUAUCAUUAACUUUUUUGAAAAAAAUCUUAAAAAUCGGGGAAUUUUUUUCGUAAUUCGGGACUUUGGGAAGGUGAAUGCCCCACUUCGAAGUUUAUUUUAAAAAUAUGUUGUAUGUCACGUUGGACACCACCUUUAAACGUAAAUCGAAUUUCGGUCGUUUUUCUGUACUGAUAUUGGAAAAUCUCAAUGUUUUCCGUUUCAAACGUCGAUGUUGUUGCAGGCAGUGAGCGCAAGCGGGACCAAAAGCAUCGGAGAAAGUGGGACGACAGUCGCACGUGCCAAUCUGACCUGUAACAGUCAGGGCGAGUACGAGUACGACGGCGAGUGAGUGAUCCGAUCAUCUGGGACCACAUGAUCGCCUUCAAUCCAAGUACAACGUGUGUUGCAGACCUGUCAUGCGGAUCUAUUGUGUUUUCUUUGGUUGUCUGUGA